AUGAAAACAAAUGAUGACAAAAAACUGAAGGAGUCAAUAGAGAACUUUAUACUGAAGGAAUUAGAAUUACCUAUCCAAUUGAGAAGUGCCGGGAAGAUAGGAGAAAACGUUUGCGUACUAGAAGCAGAGAACAUGGCUGAUAAAAUAAAUAUUCUGAAAAAUAAAAGCAAGUUAAAACAAUGCAAAGACCGUAUUUUUAUUAAUAAUGAUCUUACAGAAAAAGAAUAG